AUGUCCGGAGUGUGGAUAUUUGACAGAAACGGCGUCGUUCGGCUGGUCACCAACCCAACCAGGGAGUCGUUCGAGCAAAAAGAGCCGCCGCAUCCGGGUACAGCCACCUCACCCGGUGCUCGGCCCCGAGUCUUGGUCUACCUCCCAGCCAACCAGGUCAUUCAAUCCUACUCCGAACUCGAGCAGCGACUCACUGAACUCGGCUGGACUCGCUACCCCAACUCCAAUCGGCCCGACCUCCUCCAGUUCCACCGCUCCGAGAACUCAGUCCACCUCAUCUCGCUCCCAAAUAAUUUUGCCAACUUGAAGUCCUUCCAUAUGUACGACAUCGUCGUCAAGAAUCGCUCCUUCUUCGAAGUUCGUGACCCUGCUGCAUUGCAGAACUAG